AUGCCUGUCCCACCCGUCCACUUCUUCUCCCAUGGCUCCACCAUGAUGCUCGGCGAGGAGUCCAAAUCCGCCGACUACUGGAAAGCAUGUGGCGAUGAAGCUCUCUCGCACGGCUUCAAAGGCGUCAUCAUGAUGGGCGCUCAUUGGGACGCUCGCGGUGUAAACCGCAUCGACGUCGCCAUGAACCCCAAGCCCGCAAAGUCCCCCGUUGCAUACGUCCACCCCCGCAAGUACAAAGACUACGAGCUUGUCCCCGACCUCGAGAGCGGAAAGAAAUGCAUUGCCGCCCUGAGAGAAAAGGGUAUCGAUGCUCGCCCAAACGAGACUUUUGACUGGAUCCACGACACCUAUCUUAUCCUUAUCCGCAUGUUUCCCGAAAAAUGCCCCCCAACAACUCUCAUCAGUAUGAACUCGCGAUUCGACCCCCACCUACAUGCGCGUGUCGGCAACAUCCUAUCCAAGUUCCGUGACGAGGGCUACAUCCUCAUCGGCACUGGAGGCGCAGUCCACAACCUCUACCGAAACCACUGGGGCCAAAUGCUCCGCUACUCCGACAACUUCGCCCAGCCAUAUCCCCCAGAGGCUCCCAUGCUCGAGUUCCGUCAGUGCGUCGAGGAUGUGUUUGUUCGGUGCUGCAGAAAGGGUGCCAAGAAGGGUAGUCUGACACGAGGAAUCACAAGGCUGAUGAAGCAUCCCAUGUUCAGAGAUGCACAUGCUACUGAUGAUCAUUACAUGGCUGCCUGCUUUGUUGCUGGCGUGGUUGAUGGAAGUAAGAGGGAGACGGAUGAGUGCGUGCUUGGUGCUGAGGACUGGGAGUUGGUGAAUAUGUGCAAUAGUCAGUUUACAAUUGGCAAGUGGACGUAG